UGCAAAAUCCCUCCACACCUGAGGAAAAGAGCCCUCUCAUGGUUAUGUUAGAGGAAUAGCAAUUGGAGACAACCUGCUGCAUUCUGCUACUCUGUAAGACAAACGUCAGUAAAGACAAGCAGCAAGAAAAGAAGGGUUCUUCAUGACAAAAUGACAGCAAGAGAACACAGUCCCCGCCAUGGUGCAAAAUCCCGCACCGUGCAACGGGCCUCCACCAUUGAUGUCACAUCUGACAUGCUAGGUCUUUCUCUAGCAGGAAACAUUCAGGAUCCAGAUGAGCCUAUUUUAGAGUUCAGUUUAGCUUGCAGUGAGCUGCUAACUCCAUCGCUAGAUCGAAAACCAAAUAGUUUUGUAGCAGUGAGUGUAACUACACCUCCUCAGGCAUUCUGGACGAAGCAUGCACAGACAGAAAUUAUUGAGGGAACAAGUAAUCCUAUCUUUCUAAGCAGCAUUGCCUUUUUCCAAGACUCUCUUAUCAAUCAAAUGACACAAAUCAAACUCUCCGUGUAUGACGUCAAAGAUAGAUCUCAGGGAACAAUGUAUUUGUUGGGUUCUGGGAUGUUCACUGUAAAAGAACUCCUUCAGGAGAGGAAUCACAGGUUGCACUUAACACUAAGGUCGGCUGAAAGUGACCGUGUAGGUAACAUUACAGUUAUUGGAUGGCAAAUGGAGGAAAAAACUGAUCAAAGGCCUCCAGUGACAAGAUCGCCUGAUACAAUUAAUGGAAGGACUGUGUUGCCAGUUGAUGAAAGUUUAACAGAAUCUUUAGGAAUCAGAUCCAAAUAUGCUUCACUGCGGAAAGAUGCGCUACUGAAAUCUGUGUUUGGUGGUGCCAUUUGCCGAAUGUAUCGCUUCCCAACCACUGAUGGAAACCACUUGAGAAUCUUGGAGCAGAUGGCUGAAAGCAUCCUGUCGCUGCACAUCCCUAGGCAAUUUGUGAAGCUUCUUCUAGAAGAAGAUGCAGCAAGGGUUUGUGAACUAGAAGAACUGGGAGAACUGUCCCCUUGUUGGGAAAGCCUUCGUCGACAAAUAGUUACUCAGUACCAAACAAUUAUUUUAACUUAUCAGGAAAAUCUAACUGACCUGCACCAGUAUAAAGGUCCUUCAUUUAAAGCCAGCAGCUUGAAAGCUGAUAAAAAAUUGGAAUUUGUUCCUACGAAUUUACAUAUACAGAGAAUGAGAGUCCAGGAUGAUGGAGGAUCAGAUCAGAACUACGACAUAGUCACCAUAGGAGCACCAGCAGCUCAUUGUCAAGGCUUUAAAUCAGGUGGCUUGCGGAAAAAGCUGCAUAAAUUUGAAGAGGCAAAGAAACAUUAUGAGGAGUGUUGCACUUCAACAGGUUCCCAGUCUAUAAUAUACAUCCCACAGGACAUUGUUAGAGCAAAGGAAAUCAUUGCACAAAUCAACACCCUGAAAACGCAAGUCAGUUACUAUGCAGAAAGGCUCUCAAGAGCUGCCAAGGAUAGAUCAGCUAAUGGCCUUGAAAGAACACUCGCCAUCCUAGCAGACAAGACCCGGCAACUUGUCACAGUCUGUGACUGCAAGCUGUUGGCAAAUUCAAUACAUGGACUGAAUGCUGCAAGGCCAGACUAUAUAGCUUCAAAAGCAUCUCCAACCUCUGGAGAAGGGGAGCAAGUGAUGCUGAGGAAUGAUCAAGAUACACUUGUGGCCAGAUGGACAGGAAGAAAUAGCCGAUCUUCUCUGCAGGUGGAUUGGCAUGAAGAGGAAUGGGAGAAAGUUUGGUUGAAUGUUGACAAAAGUCUGGAGUGUAUUAUACAGAGAGUGGACAAACUUCUCCAGAAGGAGCGCUUGCAAAGUGACAGCUGUGAAGAUGUUUUCCAGUGUGACAUCAGCUGUACUAGUAAGAAAGGUAAUCGGGACACUCGUGCCUACUGGAUAAAUCCAGAAGAUUUAAAUGAGUCCUCACCAUCUUCAUCAUCCUCACCACCACCUUCAUCCAUACCAUCCUGUGCAUGCCAUUCUCUCACAAAGACAAAUUGCAGCCCUACUCCGGAAGAAUCCGGCCCAGGUGAAUGGAGCGAAGCUCUUUAUCCCUUGCUGACAACACUCACAGACUGCGUAGCCAUGAUGAGUGACAAGGCAAAGAAAGCCAUGGUCUUUUUAUUAAUGCAGGACAGCGCCCCGACAAUAGGGCUCUGUCUAAGCCUUCAGUAUCGCAGGGAUGUUGUCUUCUGCCAAACUCUGACAGCUCUCAUUUGUGGUUUUAUUAUCAAGCUGAGGAACUGUUUGCACGAUGAUGGAUUUCUAAGACAACUCUACACCAUUGGCUUGCUGGCGCAGUUUGAGAGCCUGCUGAGCACUUAUGGUGAGGAGCUGGCAAUGCUGGAGGACAUGAGUUUGGGAAUCAUGGACUUGAGGAAUGUAACCUUUAAAGUAACUCAGGCCACAUCAAAUACAUCUACUGACAUGCUGCCAGUCAUCACUGGAAAUCGUGAUGGAUUUAAUGUGAGGAUCCCUUUGCCAAGCGCCUUGUUUGAUUUGUUGCCGCGAGAGAUUCAAAGUGGCAUGUUACUGAGGGUUCAGCCUGUUCUUUUCAAUGUGGGAAUCAAUGAGCAGCAAACCCUAGCAGAGAAGUUUGGAGACACCUCACUGCAAGAAGUAAUUAACAUGGAAAGCUUAGUGCGGUUGAAUUCAUAUUUUGAACAGUUCAAGGAAGUUUUGCCUGAUGAUUGUCUACCUCGAUCUCGUAGUCAGACGUGCCUGCCUGAACUGUUAAGAUUUCUGGGACAAAAUGUACAUGCAAGGAAAAAUAAGAAUGUUGAUAUCCUUUGGCAAGCUGCUGAGAUAUGCCGCAGACUAAAUGGUGUUCGAUUUACAAGCUGUAAAAGUGCCAAGGAUAGGACUGCCAUGUCGGUCACGCUAGAGCAGUGUUUGAUCCUACAGCAUGAACAUGGAAUGGCUCCACAGGUCUUCACCCAGGCUCUGGAGUGUAUGAGGAGUGAGGGUUGUCGGCGAGAAAAUACAAUGAAGAAUGUUGGAUGUCGCAAGUAUGCAUUUAAUUCCCUGCAACUGAAGGCUUUCCCAAAGUAUUACAGGCCUCCAGAAGGAACUUAUGGAAAAGUUGAAACAUAAGCAUACUAUGUCCUUUAAUCGCUGUUCCAUUAAAACAUGUGGAUACACUCUAGAUUAAUACAUGAUUUUGUCAUCCAGAAGAGAUAACCUUUUUGUACAUUUCGCUAGGUUAUACAGAGCAUGUUACUUACAGAAUUGGAAUCUAUAGUAACAAUUAUUCUGACACCUUAGCUUGAGAAUAGUGUGAUGACUCUGCCCGUUUAAAUAGCCUUCAGUGUAUGUAAGAUGAACAGAUAUUGUGCUACUUAAUAAUUACCUAUAUGCAAAUAGCUAGGUACCUCCUGGAUGGGCAAGGACUCUAGGAACGGCAUUUAGGCAGCUGUUUCACAUAACAUCUUUUUAUACUGAGUUGACUUGAGAUUGAGCUUUUCAUAAACUUUUUAAAACUGAGAGUAAAACUCAAAAGUUGUAAAUAAAAAGGGAUUGGAUCCUAGACAGUCUAAUAACUGUAGAAUGCAUUGUUACAAUCAAGAAAGAGAAGUUUAAC